AUGCCAUGUGGCAAAAUUCUGGAAAGAAUGAACAAUGGCCCUACUCGACUUGGUCCGCCGAGUAGGCAACACGUGAAGAUUCAUCUCAAUCGGCCCUACAACUCCUACUCAAUUUUGUCUCCAUGCGGCUUUGAUCACACUACAACAAGAACUCUCUCCACUCGGCUCAGUCAACUAGAGGUGGACAAAAUGGGCCAGCGAAUUGCUGGUGGCCUCAACUUCACGGGAUCAGACCCUAUUUCCAUAAAGACUAAAGAAUAUCCUUCAAAUAUAAUGUUUCUAUGCACACAGCCGUCUCCUGAAGGUGGAGAGACAUGCAUACUGCCUAGUCACAUUAUAGUAAGCAAGAUGGAAAAAGAGGUUCCAGAAUUUGUUUCCAAAUUAGAAACAAAUGGUUUUAUUUUCAAAAUAAAGACUGCAAAUGUUAAUUCAAAUGCUAUCCUUGGUACAACAUGGAAGUCUUAUUUGAACACUGAAGAUGAAGUUGAAGCCAAAAAGAGAAAGCGUCGUUGCAAUUCAGUGGAAUUCAAUGAAGAUGGGAGUGCAGAGUUUUUGUAUGGACCAUUAAAUCCAAUAAGGGAGUUUGAAGGAAAGAGGGUUUGGUUUAUACGAAUAGUGAGGCAUUCUGCAAAUAAAAAAGACACUAGUACUAGUUUUGGAGAUGGCACUCCUCUUCUAACAAAUGCCUUAGAAACCUACCAAAAUAUACUGGAUGAAGUGUGUGUUGACAUCAAAUGGGAAAAGGGAGAUGUAAUGUUGCUUGACAAUUUAUCUGUUCAACAUGGAAGGCGUCCUGCCAAGCCACCGCGUUCUGCAUUUGUGUCCUUGUGCAAAUAA